UCGCAGUUUAGACGUGCGUGCAGUGCGUCUGACGUUAUUGGGUUUUCAUCUCGUUCCUCCUUUGCUUGAAGAACAGACAAGUUAGCUGUUAGCUAACUCGCCAUAUUUCUUGAUUUUUCACUUUUCUAAGGACGCAGUUAUUGCAAGAUCUCUUCUGGCGUUCAGUUCUACAGGAUAUUAUUUAUCGCCAGGUUCCUUCCAACAUUGUGUUCUCUCCUCUCCUGGAGAAAAGCCUGGUACGUUAAACAGCCAUGUACAAUGGGAUUGGCCUGACAACCCCGCGUGGCAGCGGCACCAAUGGCUACGUACAGCGCAACCUGUCGAGCCUGCGGGUCAAACGGCCGCGGGAUGAGCGUGGCGGCGAGCGGGAUGAGAAGGACCGGGAGAGACUGGAGAGUCAGCUCAACCGGCAGCCCAAUGCCGACAUCCUGGAGCACCAGCGAAAGAGACAGCUGGAGGUCAAGUGUGCCGAGCUGCAGGACAUGAUGGAGGAACAAGGGUAUUCAGCUGAGGAGAUCGAGGAGAAGGUGAGCAGUUUCCGUAUGAUGCUGCAGGAGAAGGAGGAGCCGACGCCUGCCACCAACGAGAGACCAACGGUGACAGAGACUCACGCUCUGGCUGCAGCCAAUCAGCAGAAGAACGACCGUCUUCGUGCUGCAUUUGGCAUCGCCAGCGACUAUGUGGACGGAUCGUCCUUCCACGCUGACCGCAAGGAGCGGGAGAAGGAGAAGAGGGAGCAGGAGCGCCUGGAGAGGGAGAGGCUGCAGCAGCAGAAAUACACGCUGGUGGAAGAUUCGGCCGAUUCAGAUUCUCCUCCCAAGAAGCGCAGUCGGAAGAAGAAGAAGAAGAAAAACAAGAACAGGGACAGCAGCUCGGAGAGUCCCUCCCCGUCUCCUCGACGAGAGAAGAAGAGAUCUAAAAAGAAGAAAAAGAAAUGUGAGGCAUCAGAAGACGAAGAGGAAGAAGACGACAGUAGUUCCUCAGAUGAGAAGCAGAAGGUUUCAAAGAAGAAAAGGAAGAAGAGUGAAAGUUCAAGUCCUCCGAAAGCAAAGGCGGCGCGGCAGAGGAGCAUCUCCUCCGGCUCUGCUCGCAGCCAGUCUCCAGUCAGACCACAUCAACGGGACCAAAGUGUCAGAAAAGCUGAUGAAGGUAGAAAGAGGAGAUCAGCAGACAGGAAGAGGCGGGACUAUGAGGAGCACAGCCCACAUCAUCAGGGAGGUGAAGGGAGGAGGCCCAACCCUGAGAGAGAAAAGGAGCGACCGAGUGAGAUGGAGAAGACCUCUGCCAAGAGGAGACACGACUCCUCGUCCCCAUCUCCACCACGACAGACAGAAAAAAGCAGGGAGAGGGAGAAAGGGAGGAGAUCCAGAAGCAGAGAGGUGGAGAAAAGGAGGUGUUCGAGGAGCAGAGACGUGCAGAGAGGGAGGCGUUCCAGGAGCGUCGAGGUGGAGAAAAGGAGGCGUUCCAGGAGCGUCGAGGUGGAGAAAAGGAGGCGUUCCAGGAGUGUAGAAAAUGAGAGGGAGAAAGGGAGACGUUCAAGAAGCAAAGACAAGGAGAGAGAGAGGGGGAGGCGUUCAAGGAGCAGAGACUUGGAGAAAGCAAGGCGUUCGAGGAGCAAAGAAAAGAGGGACAAAGGAAAAGAAAGCUUCCCGCAGAGGACCAGACAUGACUCCUCCUCAUCCCUUUCUCCUUCCCCUCCACGUAAACAGGAGACCGGGACGGGAAGGAGUAGGGAGGCUGGAUGGGAAAAAGAACGGAAUAAACAAAACAAAAAGACGACAAGACACGACUCCUCGUCCCCCUCACCUCCCCCUGAGAAGGAAAGGGGAAGGAGGGAGAGGAGUGGCGAGAGGGAGCGCAGGACUGAGAGAGAUCUGCACUCGAGGGUGCAAAAUGACAACAGGAGAGACUCUGGGAGGAGACAGGAGAGAGAUGCGUCUCCUUUCCAACAUAAAAACGACCGGAGGAGGGAUUCCCCUUCCCCUGCCGCUCGCUCACCUGUCCGCAAUGGACGUCAACGAGAAGAGGAGAGGAGAAGAGAAAAAGAGAAGGAGAACACUAAGGAGAGGGACAAGCAUCUGAAGCAGAAGGAGCAAGACAGAGAGCGAGGACGGGACGGCAGCAGGCAGCCGGACGAGCCUCUCCGAUCGCCUGCAGAAAGGAGGCGAGAUGAACCGGGACCCUCGGAGAGGAGCAGGAGAGCCGAGAUGAAGGAGACCCAAGAGAAGACGAGCAGCCCUCCGAGGAAGGAGAAACGGGACGACACGGUGAAACAGGCUGAGAAGAGAAGGAGCAGCACCAGCAGUAGCAGCAGCAGCAGCGGUGGCAGCAGCAGCAGUAGUGGCAGCGAUAGUGACAGCGACAGCUCCUCGUCGUCCUCCUCCUCUUCAUCUUCCUCUUCGUCCUCGUCCUCCUCCUCUGAAGAUGAGGGCAAGACGAAGGCGGCCGCAUCAGUGGGGAAAGAAAAAGGCAGCCCUUCGAAAAGCACACAGUCUGCUGUUGGGGCUGCAGCUCAGAGGCCUUUAGCCAACGGGAGAAAGGAAGGCUCCGCCUCUGCAUCUGAGGGCGACGGACUGAGACGAGUCCACGCUGAGAGAGAAGGUGAAGGAGACAAGCGGGACAGGGAAAGAGCUCCCGCGGAGAGUAAUCCGUCCCGGUCAAAGGGUCAGGAGCGAUACAGCCCCACACAGGUGGGCAGUCCCAGUCCGCCGCCUCCUGCCUCCGACCGAGUGGACGGCAGGAGAGGCGGCAGCAGGCACUGCCCCUCUGCGGCCGAAGCGGAGAAAACAAGGGUGGAGGCCAAAGUCAGGGAGAGGGACAGGGACUCGGCCAGGAGGCCUGCAAGGUCCAGCCCCGCAGUCAGGAGGAGGUCACGCUCUCCACCCCACAAAACAUCCUCCACCGCCUCCCCGACCCGUCGCACUCCACCGAGGCAGUAUCAGGAACCCCCAACCCGAAUCAGGAGAGCUUCUCCUCCUCCAGCCUGGUCAGACCGGGACAGAGAGAGGCAGAGGGAGAGGGACAGAGAACGCGAGCGUGUUACCAGGAGGAGCAGGUCCAGAAGCCCCAGGAGGCGCAGCAGGUCCAGGUCCAGAAGCCCCAGGAGGCGCAGCAGGUCCAGGUCCAGAAGCCAGAGAAGGCGAAGUCCGCCAAGCAGGUCCCGUCGUUCUCCUUCCCCUCAGCAGCCGAGGAGGAGCAGCUCCUCCCCGUCCAGGGACAGAGCCAGAGCCAGAGACGGAGGACGCGAGAGGCCGAGGCUCAGGGAGGUGGAGCCCGAGAAACAAAGGGAAAAGGAGCAUCCGCCACCAAAAGCAGCUGCCCAACCCCGCAGGUCCUCGUCCUCGUCCUCCUCUUCCUCUUCCUCCAGCUCCUCCUCUUCCUCUUCGUCCGCACCUUCACCGCCACAAGAGAGAAAGGACACAAAAGCACCAGCAGAGAGGGAGAGAAGAACAGAUCGAGGGGAUGAGAGGAAGGAGGACGGGGAGCAGAAAAGGGACUCCUCAUCAUCACGGGGCCCUUCCAGAGACGCGUCACGUGCUCCACCCUCAGGUAGAGGAGACAUGCAGUCAGACGCCAGACGCUCUGACGUGACCUCCCGGAGGUCUCCGCCCAGCAGCCAACCAGACGCCAAACGCUCGCCACGAGGUGCGAGCAGGAAGCGGUCGCCAGCGACGGACCAAACGGGCCGACGUGAGAGCACCGUCAACGGGAAGGACGAAAACAAGAAGGCCAACGGGAGCUCCAGCUCCAGCUCCUCUUCCUCAUCGUCCUCCUCCUCCUCGUCCUCCUCUUCGUCCUCGUCUUCGGACAGUUCUGACUCUGAAGUGGAGCAGGAAAAAGAAAAAGGGAAGACAGCCAAAGCUCAGAGCUCUCCUUCCUCCUCCUCAUCAUCAGAGAAUGAAAAGGAAACCAGGAAAAAGAGCUCCGGGAGGGUUCCUGCUGAUUCGCUGAGAGAUUCUCGCUCGCUCAGUUAUUCUCCUCCACGAUACAUGAGAGCAGCGGCGCCCCCAGCAGGUCGCAGGAGUGACAGCAGGCAGUCGCCUCGCCGCCGGUCGAGCAGCAGACGGAGGAAAUGAGGUGACGACCCGAGACGCUUCACUUCUUCUUCUGUGUUUUUUUUCCAGCGAUGUGUUUUUUAAGCAGCAAAGACCCGACGCUGGCUUGUACAUUUCUUUCUAUGAGCUGAAGAAGAAACGUGCACAUUCAUACCCACCAAACACAGUGAAGUAACACGUUCCUGCGUACUCGUACUGUUUGUUGCGUUCUACCUGUAGAUAUGAGCUGUCUGUAUUUUGGUUAUCUUCAUGUAACUGAUUUCCACUCAGUGUGAGCCGAAGCUGAAACGUGCAGAAUUUCUUUGUUGAAAUAAUGAUGAUGAUAAUAAUAAUAAUAAAAGCUGAUUGUACAUUUUA